AGCGUCCGGACCAACCGCCACCGGCGCGCGAACGUUCGGACCAACCGCCACUCGCGCGCUCUCCCCUCAGCGGCGCGGCCGUUGCUCGGACGCGUCCCCCCGUCCCGCCGAGGGAAGGGCGCGCUGAGGAUGGCGGCGGAGAGUGACGAGGAGGUGCUGCCCACCUUCGCCUUCCUGCAGCAGCCGCCUCCGGCGGCGCAGCGGGCCGUGGCGGCCUGCGGCUCGGACCCGGAGCACUCCUCGCCCCCUUCCCCGAGGCGGGGAAGGGCCCCCGGCAGCCAGGCCGCCAGCCCCGGCGCGGAAGCGGUUGUGGUGCUGAGCAGUGACAGCGAGAGCGAGGUAGAGAUCGUCCCGCUGUCGGAGAGGCUAAAGGGCAAACUGCACAGCAGCGGGCCUUGCAAAACUAGCGUUGUGCCUUUCGAGGCCCCCCAGCCGGGCGGCGGCGGUACUGCAAGCAAAGCUAGGGGAACUGAGCUCUGCCAGAGCACUGACCAGCUGGCUCCUGAGAGCAGGGGACAGCCUCUUCCAAAGUCUUCCGAGGUCCAAAGAGCCCUAUCAUCGUCUGGUGAAGUGUCUUCUAGUGGCCGAAACGAUGACAUGUGCAGUACUGGGAGACCACCUUUGUGCCCACUGCCAGACUGUUUGUCAGACUCUGCACCCCAAAGCAGCAGGUUCUUGGGAAAAGAAGCAAGUCUGGAAACAUCUCCCCCUCCAAAGAAGUCAAAAUAUAGUCAGAAGGAAAGGGAGGCAGUCUCUCAGGCUGCAUGGCAGAGGAGGAAGGAGCGUGAAGCACGGAAGAGGCAGCAGGAGCAGGAAAAAGAAAGGAAGAAGGCCCUUGCCAAGAUGUUGAAAGCUCAGCGACCAGGGGAAUGCCAGAAAUACAUAACAGUGGUGCUAGAUCCAGUUCUCUUACAGAUAGAAGGUGGUGGACAGGUCCUCAGUGCUUUGCAGUCUGGGAAUUAUUCAUGUGUGAUUGAGAGUCAGGCUGUUCCCUGCAGCAUCACUUGGAGGAGAAGGGCUGUGUCAUCUCAGAUUGAAGAAGAAAGUAGAUGGACAGAAGAACCAAAUAUCCUGGUUCUACUUUGCUUGGAGGAGUUUUUGUCCAUGGUUCAUAACUACAAACAAGAAGUCCAGGGCUGCUCAGAAGGACAGAAGGAGACAUUACAGAGCUUUGUGGCUCAUGUGAGAGAGAAAAUGCCUGGAAAGAUUCUGGCACUGGCAGUAGUUGGAGUAGAAAAUUAUUUCAGCUCUCUAAGAGCUCCGUCAAAAAAGAGAUUACAACAGGCAGUAGUGAAUGGAGACCAAGCAGAGGAACAGGGAAAACGGAGAAAAAAGAAAACUAAGGAUUCUGGUCCAGAUGUGUCCAGACUGGAUGUGGAAGACGCAUUAGUGGAUCUGCUGCUGCACACGCAAGUCCAAGUCAGAUUUGCUGAGAGCUUGGAGGAGCUUGGAGAGUUUGUCAGUAUGUUCACUAAAGCAGUAGCUGAAGCACCAUACAAGCGAGAGCAAGAAAAUACAGGAUUCUCUUUCUACUUAGAGAAUGAGUGGUGCAGAGGUGUGAAGGUGGAUCAUUCUGGAAAGGGUCUCUUAGAAGUUUGGAAAAGGCAGAUACAACAAUUAAACCGGGUCAGUUCCGAGAUGGCUGAAGCUGUUGUGUCUGCGUACCCUUCUCCUCAGCUUCUGGAUCAGGCCUACAGUAAAUGUUCCUCAGAGGAAGAGCGGAAAAACAUGCUGGCUAAUAUCCUUGUACACCGUGGUGAUGGUGUGACAGCCACCACCCGGCGGAUUGGACCAGAACUCUCCAGACGAAUCUAUCUGCAGAUGACUUCCCAUGAUCCUGAUCUCUGUUUAGAUUUCACUGAGUAACCCAAGGGAUGAGGAUUUUUCUGAUUGCCUGGAUUAAAUAUUCAUCUUCCUCCUGGAAAGAA